AUGAUCGUUAUCAGUAAACUAAAAGACUUCAAGUCUUCUAUAUGUAAAUGAUAAAUGAUUGAGUUGAUUUUACAUCGAUUACGUUAAUUGACUUUGCGACGAACUAACGCGAUUGUAUCAUUGAAAUAUGAAUAUACUACAAAAUUUGUUUAAUUUCUUUAAUAUAAUUGUUAUUAAUCUAAUUGUUAUUGCAAUAUGUAUGAGUACAAAGGAACAAGAAUUUCGAUUAGUAAACGUGAUAUUUAGGCACGGAGAUCGAACGCCAAAUAAAGAAUUAUAUCCAAAUGAUCCAUAUAAGACAUAUGAUUUUUAUCCUAUGGGUUUUGGAGAAUUGACAAAUAAUGGUAAAAAACGUGCGUAUGAAUUUGGAAAAUUUCUCAGAUCAAGAUAUAGAAACUUCUUAAGUGACAUUUAUACACCAGAACUGAUAAAAGCCCACACUACAGAUUAUUCGAGAACAAAAAUGUCGUUAUUACUUGUUCUUGCAGGAUUAUUCCCGCCUAAAAGUAUUCAAAAAUGGAAUUAUGAUUUAAAUUGGCAACCAAUACCUAUUACAUAUGUUCCUUGGAUUGAAGAUAAUAUCUUAUUACCAAUGGAUUGUCCUUCAUAUAUAGAAGAAUACCAAAGAGUUUUAAAAACACCUGAAGUCAUACAGAAGAUGAAUGAAUUUAGUGAAAUGAACUCCAAUUUGACAAAGUGGAGUGGUAAAAAUAUUAGCACUCCUUUAGAUAUGUAUUCUUUAUAUAAUAUUCUUAUGGCAGAAUGGAUGAUGAAUCUUCCCUUGCCUGAAUGGACCCGCUCUGUAUUUCCAGAUGGCCAACUGAAAGAUGGCAUCAUUUACUCUUAUGAAGUUUCUAGUUCAAAUACUAAAUUGAAAAGACUUUCUGGAGGUCCAUUACUUCAAAAAAUGGUAGAAGAUAUGUUAGCUUUUAAAAAUGGAAAAUUAAUAAAAAGAAAGAUGAAUUUAUAUAGUGGUCACGAAACAAAUAUUGGUAGUAUGUUAAGUGUUUUAAAUGUGUAUAAACCACAUAUUCCAAAGUAUUCCAGUGCUGUUAUAUUAGAAUUGCUUCAAAGUAAUCAGACUUAUUAUGUUAAGGUUGUUCAUUACACAGGCAUUCCGUCAAAAGCAAUAGAACUCCAAAUACCAAAUUGUCAAAUGUUAUGUCCAUUUGACAAAUUUAUGGAAAUAACUGCUUCUGUUCGUCCCUCCAAUGAAGAAAUAAUAUGUGACAAAACACAAACGAACAAAUAAUUUGUUAGACAUACCAUAAACUUAUAUAAAGAUUAUAAAAACUAAAUAUAUAUAUAUCUUUUAUAUAUAUAUAUAUAUGGAAAUGUCUACUAAUACAAAAUCUUAUGCAUUAUUCGUUCGUUAAUUCUUUUACAUAAUUACAUUUGUACAAUAAGUGAUUAAUAUCCAUAUAAUGACCCCCAGAUGAAUAAUAAAUUAUAUAAA